AUGAGGAGGAAUACAAAAGAAAAAAAAAUUAUGUGCAAAAAAAAAAAAAAAAUUCCAACCAUUAGAUCUCAUCUUAGAAAAUACUACCUAAGGUAUACGAAAGAAAUGUCAAACACUGCAGCAUCAUCAGCUUAUUUAGAUGAAGAUACAACAUGGGAUUCAUUUAAUUUGGAUCCACGUUUAUUACAAGCUAUUGAUCAAUUAGGUUUUGCUAAUCCUACAUUAAUUCAAAGCAGUGCAAUUCCAUUGGCUUUAGAAGAGAAAAGGGACAUUAUUGCCAAAGCAUCCACAGGGUCAGGUAAGACUGCAGCUUAUUCUAUUCCUAUUGUUAAUAACUUGUUGACAGAUGGAGAUAGUGAAGGUAUUAAAAGUAUUGUUUUGGUUCCAACAAGAGAAUUAUCUAAUCAAGUUUUCCAAUUCAUUGAGAAAUUAUUGAGUUUCAGUAAUAAUAAAAUUAAUGUAUUGAACUUAUCAUCUAAUUAUAGUGAUCAAGUGUUAAACUCGUUGUUAGUUAAUAAACCAGAUAUAAUUAUCUCCACACCAGCCAAAUUGAUUCAAAUCUUAGAAAAGAAUGAAAAGAAUGUCGAUUUAAGUACAGUUAAAAACUUGACUAUAGAUGAAGUUGAUUUGGUUUUAUCUUUUGGGUACAUGGAUGAUUUAAAGAAAUUAGAAAACUACUUACCAAUUAAGAAAAAUUUGCAAACUUUCUUGAUGUCAGCUACUGUGAAUGAUGAUUUGGAAGAUUUAAAAAAGAGAUACUGUACUAAGCCAGCUAUUUUGAAAUUAAAUGAUGAUGCUGCUAAUCAAAACAAAUUAGUUCAAUAUUAUGCCAAAACUACAGAAUUUGACAAAUUUUUAUUAGCAUAUGUUAUUUUCAAACUUAAUUUGAUCAAAGGUAAGACCAUUGUGUUUGUUAAUAAUAUCGAUAGAGGUUAUAGAUUAAAGUUAUUCUUGGAACAGUUUGGUAUUAGAUGUUGUAUAUUGAACAGUGAGUUGCCAAUUAACUCAAGAUUGCAUAUUGUUGAAGAAUUUAACAAGAAUGUUUACCAUUUACUUAUAGCCACAGAUGAAACCAAUGAAUUGAAUGAAGAAAAAGAUGAAGAUGAUAUUGACGAAGAUCAAGCCGAUGGUGAACCAGCCGCUAAAAAAUCUAAAAAAUCCAAGUUCAAACAAGAUAAAGAAUAUGGUGUUUCUCGAGGAGUUGAUUUUAGAAACGUUGCUUGUGUCUUGAAUUUUGAUUUGCCAACAUCUUCUAAAGCAUAUAUUCAUAGAAUCGGUAGAACCGCAAGAGCAGGUAAAGCUGGUAUGGCACUUUCAUUUGUAUUACCAUUAUCUGAAUUUGGUAAACAUAAAACAGCAACUUUGUCCACUGCUAAAAAGGAUGAAAAAGUAUUACGUCGUAUUGUCAAACAACAAUCUAAGAAUGGUUUUGAAAUCAAACCAUAUCAAUUUGAUAUGAACCAAGUUGAAGGUUUCAGGUACCGUGCUGAUGAUGCAUUCAGAGCUGUUACUCAAACUUCCAUCAGAGAAGCUCGAGUUAAAGAAUUGAAGAAUGAGUUGAUAAAUUCUGAAAAAUUAAAGAGAUUCUUUGAAGAAAAUCCACAAGAUUUAGCAAGUUUAAGACACGAUAAAGAAUUACACCCAACAAGAAUUCAAACCCAAUUGAAGAAUGUUCCACAAUAUCUUUUACCAGAAAGUGCUAGACUGGAUGUUAAAAAUAUCGGAUUUGUUCCAUUCCAUAAAAACAAGGUACAUAAACGUAAUAGAAAGGGUAAAGGUAGAAAGAAGGUUGAUCCACUAAAGUCUUUUAAGAAGUAA